UGUGUGUGUGUGUGUUCUUUUGUAUUAAUUUAUUGGUAAAUGCCGAUACCUCUUAUAUGGAAUCUCUCCUUCGAUGGAAUGGAGGAUGGGUUGUCCUGCUGUACAUAUAGGACUGCGCUAUCACCACACACAGCAAUGAACAGAGAGAGAGGGAGAGAUCAGUGAAACAACAAGAGAGAAAAAGAGAUAGCGAGACAGAGGAGGAAGUGGUGUAUCACUGGGAAUCUUAAUAAGUUCAGCGGAAGAACAAAACAAUGACAGACUGUGGUUUUGAGAGGGAGUUUGUGGAUGCUCAUAAUGACUAUCGCAGGAAGCAUGGUGCCCCGCCCCUAGCUCUGAGCAGAGACCUGUGUAACUCCGCCCAGAAAUGGGCAGACCAUCUUCUGUCAAUCAAAAGCCUGAAGCACAGCUCCACCAAUCACGGAGAAAACCUUUACUAUGCAUACAGCUCAACCCCCAAAAAACCUGUUGGGAAGGAUGCAGUGGACAGUUGGUACAGUGAAAUCAAAGAUUACCACUUCAAUAAACCUGGCUUCAGCUCCGGUACAGGUCACUUCACCCAGGUGGUUUGGAAGGACUGCAGUGAGGUAGGUGUGGGCCUGGCCACAGAUGGGCAAACAAUCUUUGUAGUGGGCCAGUACCACCCAGCUGGCAACAUGUGCAACGCGGGCUUCUUUGAGAAGAAUGUCCUACCACUGGGUAGCUCCACCUCUAGAGCCCCCAAAUGUUUCCCCACAGCCGGAGAAGGAGGGGGCCUGAGUGUACCCCAAUCUAAAAUUGCCAGAUCCUCUUCACCUGCAUAUAAGGCCCCUCCUCAGGCGAACGGCACUGACCUGGGCCAGUUCCACAGAGACUUCCUACGGGCAUGUAACAACCAGCGGAUGGCACACGGAGCCCCAGCCCUCACACUGGACCCAGCCCUGAGUCAGGGGGCGCAGGCAUGGGCAGAAACUCUACUGGGAGAGCGGGUGCUGAAGAACUCCUCCUCCCCCCAUGGUGAAAAUAUCUGGGCCAAGACGGGGUCAGCGGGCAUCACUGCUACGGGUCAAGAGGUGGUGGACGCCUGGUACAAACAAGAGGAGAACUAUGACUUCUCCAAAACAGGACAUCAGGACAAAACAGGGCAGUUCACACAACUGGUGUGGCGUAGCUCCAAGGAGGUGGGCGUCGGCAUGGCAAACGGUGGCACGGGGAUGCUUGUCGUGGUGGCACACUUUAAACCGGCUGGCAACAUCAGCAACCCCGGUUACCACGCUCAGAAUGUGAUGCCAAAAGGGUCGAAAGUUACCGAUAAACCAGUGGAGGUCGUCACUUCGAGAAUGCAGGCGUUGGCCGUGAACUCACUGUCAGCCAAUGAGCUUGGCCAGUUCGGCCGGGCUCUUCUGAAGUCUCUCAACCAAUACCGGAGCCAGCACGGGGCAUUACCUCUGGUGCUAAGCCCUGCCCUCACUAGGGAGGCCCAGGAUUGGGCGGCUCACCUGGUGAGCAUCAACACACUGAUGAAUAGUGGCAAAGGCCACGGGGAGAACAUAUUCUACUGCUCUGGCUCCAGCACAGCGACCCCUACUGGAUCAGAUGUGGCCGAGUCUUGGUACAAGGAGAUUGAGAAGUAUAAUUUCUCAUCCCCUGGUUUUCAGAGUGGAGCAGGUAAUUUCACUCAAAUGGUCUGGAAGUCCUCAAAGCAAGUAGGCGUGGGUUUGGCGACCAGUGGGCGGGGCACGUUUAUCGCCGUGGCGUUCUACGAUCCAGCGGGCAACAUCACCAACCCAGGCUAUUUCCAUGACAACGUGAAAACCAAAGGAAGCACACUUUAGUCUGAGCCAUAUGUACUGUAUGUAUGCCGGCACUCCCAAAGGUUUCUAUAGGAACGGGUGCUUAUCUGGGCAAACACGUUGUUGCUGUUAUCUUUGGUUGUUGCUAUGAUUUGUCCUCUUUUGGAAGGCUAAGAAUCGUUUUUUGUUAGUUCAUUGUUUUCCAUAGAUGGCGCCAUUCGAACGCGCCACGCAGUUGCCAGGAGCCAUCAGUGUAGACGGCCGUUGCACGGCCGUUGCGAGACAAACCUGACCUUAACUUUUUUAACUUCUAUCUCAAAUGAUACCCUUACAUUGUUAUUUUCUAACCAACAACAGUAAUUUGGGAAAUCUGUAUAAAUGGAUUUUACGUUGUCUUAAUAGGAAAUAAUUUUAAUGGUUAUGGGUAUUUUUUCAUAACUGCAAUAUACAAGUAAGAUUUUCACCGGACAGUUUCUUUUAUAAAUUCAUUUUUCUGUUACCUCGAGUUAUUUGGCUUUGAACUCGUCCUAUAAUCGUAUUUGUGGCCAAAGCAUAAACUGGAGAAAAAAAAUCCACCUCAAAUAGACAGUUUCAUAAAUGCUUGCUAUUUCCUCAUAGAACAUGAUGUCACGUUGGCUCGCUGAGCAGGCCAAUCAGUGGUCAACUUGCAUGAACAUUUCUAAUGACGGGUAUACUCCCACACCAUUCUGUUGUUGGGGUAUGUCCAAGCCAUUCACCCGCGGGACGGUUGAGCUAAUGCGAUUAGCUGUAGGUCAUAUUUCGUAGAAAACGCUGGACAGUUACUUAAAACCCGAAAUGUAAUGCCUUUAAUCUCGUGCACGUUUUUGUAAUUUACUGUCCAUGAAUAGAGAAAUGUCGCUUUUUAAAUGUAUUCAAUGAUGUUUAUCAAACAUGUUGACAUAUAGACUGAGACUGCACUGUGUUGACAUACAACGGGCAAUAAAUGGUGGAAUUACAUGUUUGUUGGUUGUAACAUUUGUGCCACACUUUGAAAAAAAUAUUCAACGAGAGCUUACAUCUAGUUAGCAUCCUUGCUGCCGUCUUCCACCAGCAGAGGGAAACAGCUUGUUGUUACCUUUCACUGUAUUCCCUGUCAAAUAAACAGACAAUCUAACUGGA